AAUAGCCUAUCUUCGAUAUUUAAGGUACUUUCCCUUCAUGUCCCAUAACUUUGGGACACCCUGUAUAACAUCUUCUGUAUUGAACAACAGUGAAUAGUUUUCCUCGGCUACCAGAGAUCCAACUUCCGUUCUGGCUGAAUUCAAUGGAGACGACUCUGAUUGUAAGUCUGACUUCAGAAGGAGAGAGACUCUACUGACCCAAAAUCAAGUCGGCUCGGGUUGGCAAGACAUCUCUGGUGGCUAGAUUCCUGGGCACGAAGUUUGAGGAUAGUUACACUCCGACUAUAGAAGACUUUCAUCGCAAGCUGUACAGGAUCCGGGGAGAAGUGUACCAGCUAGAUCUUUUGGAUACUUCGGGAAACCAUCCCUUUCCUGCCAUGCGGCGGCUGUCAUUUCUAACAGGUGAUUUAUUUGUGCUCGUAUUCGCAAUGGACUGUCGCGAGUCGUUCGAAGAGGUGAUACGGCUCCGUGAACAGAUCCUGGAGACGAAGGCUACAGCCAGCACCAACAUCCGAGGUCGGCGCCAAGUACCCAGAGUGCCCAUGGCGAUCGCUGGUAACAAAUGUGACAAGGAGUUGAAGUCUGUGCAACCUGAAGAGGCAACUGCGUAUUGUGCUACCCAGGAUUCAACUUGUGUCUUCGUCGAAACAUCUGCAAAGAGAAACUAUCACGUAGACGAUCUAUUCUACGAGCUGUUUGUAGUAGCUAACUUACCUCUCGAGAUGGCGCCAAACCAUCAUAAAAGAGUCAGUGCCGCAUUCGGCAGCCCUUGUACCUUGCCUCCUACAAGUAGUCAAGGAAAUAGAGCUAAAAAAUGUACCUUAUCUAUCAAAAGAAGGUUAUCAGACGCUUGUGGCGUUGUAGCUCCUAAUGUAAGAAGACCAAGUAUCCGUACGGAUCUGAUGAUUAUGAGGACGAAGACUUGUAGCAAAUUGGAUGGAGACAGCGUUGGUGGCAGUCCGAAGUUAAACUUAAACCGGCUUGUAAGGUCGAAUGCACAAAGUGAUAAGCGCUCUUGUUGUAUACAAUAAACAUAUUAGUAGGUAGAAUGAUAGUUAUUUGCUUUUAUUAAUGAUGUCCCAGGCUGUCGAAGUCGGCGGUAGCGUUUACGAUUGAGGUCAGUUGCAGGAUAAGCUAGUGCUCUGAAUUAAUUAACUGAAUCAGUUGCAAUCUUUCACAACCAACUGCGCGUAUAGCUAUCAAAAAUGGCCAAGAUUUUCAUACUUCUAACAUUCUUCAUUUAUAUUUCUUGAAGUUAAGCAGAUUUGUUACAAUUUGCUGGUUGCAAUAUUGGAACUAAAACUGUUCAGUUGUUAAUAGUUUACCAGUGGGAGCCUCCUUUGCACAGGAAGCUGGCUAGAUUAUGGGUACCACAACAGCGCCUAUUUAUGCCGUGAAGCAGUAAUGUGUAAACAUUACUGCGUUUCGAUCUGAAGGGCGCCGUAGCUAGUGAAAUUACUGGGCAAAUGAGACUUAACAUCAUGUCUCAAGGUGACGAGCGCAAUUGUAGUGCCGCUCAGAAUUUUUGUGUGUUUCAAGAAUCCUGAGCAGCACUGCAUUGUAAUGGGUAGGGCAUAUCAUUUACCUACCAUCAGCUGAACGUCCAGCUCGUCUCUUCCCUUAUUUUCAUUAAAAUAAAUAGUAAAAAGUAAUAUUUUGUUCCUCGAGGGCGUUAUUUUGAAUCCAGACAAAAGGAAACAUUCUAAAGUAAAACCAUCGCGAGGAAUAACAUAUAUGCCGCCCGAUAGCAAAUAAUUGGCCUGAGUGAUGCACACAUUUUUUCAUCAAUAUAUAUAAAAAAAACUAUAAGUAUCUAUACUCGAACUUAUAUCGAACUAUUUUUU